AUGUGCACCAACAUAGUUUACGAGUGGCUGAAAGCGUUACAGCUCCCGCAGUACGCCGAGUCCUUCGUGGAUAAUGGCUACGAUGACCUGGAAGUGUGCAAGCAGAUUGGAGACCCGGACCUGGACGCCAUCGGGGUGCUGGCUCCCGCGCACCGCCGGCGCAUCCUGGAGGCUGUGCACCGGCUGCGGGAGCAGGACGCGGCCGCCGCGGGCCUCUAUUUCACGCUCGAACCGCAGCCGGUGCCACCCGCACCGCAGGUGGACGCGGUGCCCCCAGGCCGCCGGGGGGAGCCGUGUGGUGGCUCAGCCCAGGGCACUCGCGGGGACCCCUGUGGCCAGGCUAGCGCUCCCCGCAGCAGGGAGCUGGUGAGCUACCCUAAGCUGAAGCUGAAGAUCAUGAUCCGGGAUAAGCUGGUCCGCGACGGCAUCCACCUGAGCAAGCCCCCGUACUCGCGCAAGGUCCCAAUGGCCGGCAUCCUAGAGUACUUAAUGAAUUGGCCGAAGUCAUCACAGAACCGCUAGAUAUCAUUUUUGAGAGCCCGUGGAGGACUGAUGAGGUGCUGAAGACUGGAAAAGGGCAUAUUUAGAACCUUCUUUCACAAAGGGAACUGGAUGGUGACUCUGGAAACACUCAUCAGCUUAACUUUUGCUUGGAAAAUUCUGGAAAAAUCAACUUAGUAAGCAAAGCAACUCACUUGUAGUAGUUAGUAAUAAGGCAGCAGCAUACCACCCAUAUAUCCUGAACUUGGUUUUAAAAAGACCCUCCAUGUGGAAAGGAGUUCGAUGUACAUCUCUUGGAAUUUCUCUCCUUUGCUCUUUGACAUUUUCAUCAUAAUAUAAGGGUUGACUAAGACUUAUGGGUAAUUUCUAGUUUUAAGUAUACUAUAUAAAAGUAAGUUUCUUAUAAUAGCUAAUUAAUUAUAUCAUUUUCAAAUUAGUCUCUAUCUUGAGAACUUCCAUUUUGUAUUUUAACAUACAUGCUAGUUUAUUUCAUAUAGGGCCCUGUUUUCAUCAAGUUAUGAUAUUUCAUAUAAUUCUAUAUAAACUAGUUUGGUGAAGGAACUCUUAUUUUAGGUACUUUAUGUAAUGAUUUCACAUAUAAGUGUAGCCCCAACACGGACAGAUUAAGGAAGAAAUUAUUUUAUUAAAAUGUAAUCUAGUAGAGGUAUGACUGUUACAUUAGGAGUACCAUGUUUUGAUACAUGUGAGCUGUUUACACACUUCUUCGCUUGGAGACUUCCUCAAGCCUCCCCUCUCCCCUUCCCAAGUUACCUUGUCUCAUCUCUCCUUCAGUGUGCUUUGGAUACCAGUCUGGGGCAGGGAAGUGGGCAGUAAAGGUGUGUGUGUGGAAACCUGGAGGGUUUUUGUUUUUCUUUCUUUCUCAUCAUUAUUCCCUCUGGGUGUCAGUAGUCUGAUUUUCUACUGAGAAAAUGCAGCCAGGACAAUGGAGUCUAAACUUAGUUGAGAGAAAGCUACGGAUGUUUUACUAGUGUUAAUUAGCUGGGGCUGGCAAGUUUUGAGAGGCCCCUCUCUCCCCAGCUGUACCGUAUGGUGGACUCAUCCCUCCACUCCUCGGAAGCACAGCAGAGAUGCAAGCUUCUGUCACUAUAAUUACGGACAAGGACAGGAAAUUCAUAAAGGCAAGAGACUGACACCCACCUUGUCUCUGGGAAUAGGCAGGCAAUUAAGAGGGGAUCAGAUCUCCAGAGGCAUUCGUGGCAUAACACUGUUUUUAAAAUCUAAAGUUUAGACACUUGAGCUGCCUUUAGAGAUGAACUGAGGCUCCGUGCAAAGCCUUUCUCAAGCUUAAACACGAAUGUGAGGGAAAUUAAAUUCUGAGAGCAUGCGUGAGUUUCCCCUUAUGUGCCACAUACAAAACUGCUCAUCGUCUUUUCAAAUGAGCUGGUCUUUAAGAUACCUGUUAGAAUUUUUUUAAGAGGUGUAGGUGCCUGUAUAGAUUACUGAUAUGAUUUAUUGUGAUAAUAAAUGACUUCCAGGUUGAGACCUCAUUUCCAGGUGCCGCAUCUGUGGCAGAUUUAUUUUACAGAUGCACAUUUGCAUGUAUUUGUUGAACUGUGGCUACCAAAGACCCAAUUUCUGAAAAAUCUAUUAUUUUCCCCAGAGGCAAUAGAAUAAAAUCCUCUGCAACCAAAAAGGGCACUUAGGUCCUUUCAGGUUUUAUUUUCUAUUUGAAUGAUGUCCGACUUUAAUUAUUUGGCUAAAUUUAAAUCUUGGCUCUAUGCCACUAUUGGAAUUUGAAAUUAACAAUAAUCUACCUGAAUUAUGAGUCACAAGUUAGGAUGGUUGAAUAGCCAGUGGGUCUGAAAGACUUCUUAGGUGAAUCAAGAAGAAUAAAGUUUGGAGAAGAGAAUCAAACUUCUAAAAACUCGCUAAGUCCUUUGUAUGAAAUCAAGACAGGGUAAGGCAGCACAUCAAAGGAAUUCUGAAAGCUGAAUUGCAUCUGCAGGGACUUAUCUUUAAGAAGAGUCAAUUCUCACUGUUUUUUUUUCCUUUUACAUAAACACUGAUGAUUUCCUUAAUAAUAUCUGAAUGUAAAACAUGAAAAUAUGACAGCAAGACUCAAGUCUUGAUCAUGUUGAUUCAUAGUUCUCUGAAAAUUAAGUCAAAAGUGAUAGGGUUUUAUUUUAUAAUAUUGAGAGGUUUAAAGAUUAAUAGCAGUUUUUUCAUAAAAAAAUUGGGAGUGUAUGAAGAAAUAUUAUUCAUGCAAAAUGUUGCUUUAAUAUGUAUGGUGGCAUUCAUUCAUAAUCCCAGCAAAGAGCCCAAUAAAGAAAUCAGAACAAAAAAGCUAAAGUAGGAAGGACUGUGGAGGUAGCGCAGUUAGUAAAAUUUGUGCCAUACCUCCAUGAGGACCAGUGUUUGGCCCUAGAACCUACAAAAAAAAAAAAAAAAAAAAAGCCAUGUGUGGUGGUAGGUACUUACAUCACCAACGUGGGGGAAAAAGAGAGAGCAGGGUCCCUGGGGCUUGCUGGCUGGCCACCCACACCUACUUGGUGGGUUACAGGCCCUGUGUUGAAGCAAUCAAAACAGAAAAACCAAAACAAGGUGUGCCUGUAGAGGUACACCUGAGGCUGACCUCUGGCCUCCACAUGGCUAUGCACGUAAACACAUACACACACAUACAUACACACACUAUGAGAGAGAGAGAGAGAGAGAGAGACAGAUAUUUAUUUCUGGACUUAAGGAAAAUAACAAUUUAAGGGAAGAAUAAACUCUCAGGGGGAAAAAUCCUGCUCAAGUGUUGGCUCUCCUGUAGUUUCUCAGUCCAGAGGAUCAAGUAGUUCCUUAGAUGAGAGAACUCUGUAACAUGGUUGCUAAUUUGAACUACAGAAUAGCAGUGAGCAGUGAGUUUUUCCUUUGAAAUUACACAAAUUGUAGUUCAAGAUCUAGAAUUAUCCCAGGAGUCUUUCCUGUGGUGAUGCUGCUUGGUGCAUGAGCUUGAGGAAUCAUUGCAAAUAAUUCUGAAACUUAAAGCUUCUUUUCUCUUCUCCAUAAAAUGGCAAAAAUAAGUAUCUCCUCUACUCCUUAAGAGGCUUAAGCCGUCUACAGUUUAUAUUCUCAGUCUUUGGCUCAGGCAUGGCAUUAGCAGGCACUGACUGUCUCUCAUCCCACCCUCUUCCUGAAGUUCAGUUAUUUUCUUCAUUUCCUCUUAUGUGGAAGAGAUUACCUUAAAACCAACUAGAGAAUUCAAGUACACAUUGACAUGUCCUGCUGCUGUCUGUUAUGUAAGUCCUUUUGCUUUCUUUCAGGGCUCAGAAAAGCUACCUUGUGCUGUCACAAUAGGAGUUCAGCAAAUGAUUAGAGUCUGAAUGAAGAGAAUCUGACUUAACUACAAUAGGCUAGGGAGAUUGGCCCAGUCAGGAAGAUGCCUUGCAAGCACACAGGGCUGAGUUAGACCCCGCAAUCCUCAUUUACAAAGGACAUCAUGGUGGCCAGUACUUAUCAGCCAGUGCUGGGAAGGUGGAUACAAUUGGAUCCCUGGAGUUAGCCUGGUCUGCUUUAGCCCCGGGUUAGUGAGAAACCCUCUCUUUGGUUCUGACACACACAUAAGGUGAAUGGCAUCUGAGGCACAACAUGUGAGGUUGCCCUCUGGCUUGCACACACACGCAUACACACAAAGUGAUCAAGUUCAUAAAUGCCACCACUUGUCUCAUCUGGAGAAGCUGUCAUAUAUACAGAUAUUUUGUUAGCGUUCCUGCUUUUCUAACAGCUUCAGGUAUAUGAAAUCAGGGCAUGAAUAUGGCAGAUGUGUGUCGUCCUAUGUUGCACAAAGUAAGAGGGCAAGUGACUUCACCUCAUCACCGUGUCUGUGAUGAGUCCGGCCAAGGGAUGAUGCAGAGGAUGAAUCAACCAGCUCUUUUCUAAGCUGUCAGGAGAGGCCAGUCAUAGCAGUGAGCAGAGACACCUGCCUCAGAAGUGGCAUCAGCAUGUCCGAAUAUUUUAUCAUUAAGAGCGUGAGUGUUGUAAACAGUUCCCUUGAGCAGGGGGUUAAAGAACAACAAAGAGAGAUGUUAAAGAGGUAAGAUGCAGGGGCAAUGUUUCCCUCCUACUGAAUGCGAGUGACAUCUAAGCUCGUAUGAAAGUCGUCUGUCCUGGCAGGUGAACUAUUCCACACUUUCGAGGAUCUAGGUGAGUCUAAGUGGAAUAUUAGAGCCAGGGACAUAAGCAUGAAAUGAAGACUCCAUCUCCAAUGGCCAAAUCUCAGUCCCAACCAAGUGGCAAGAACUGGGAAUGUUUUUACGUGAGAUAAGUUGGUAACGUAGAAUAAAACAGGAGUGUGUACAUAGAUGCUUUGUGAAGCACUGUCAGGUUGCCCAGAGCAAAGCAAGCUAUGCUUUGGUUUCUAGAAUAUUCUGAUUUUAUUCUUAUAAUGGGUCUUAUUGUUAAUUACACAUUCCUACAUCAGAUAUUCUGUAGUAUUAGAUUCUUGACUUUAAAAUCAUUUGGUGCUUUGUAUGAAUUUCUAAUGAGAUAGAAUCCAGUAAUUCCCUUGCACAAUCACCAAUUACUAGUUUAGAUAUUUCUAUUACAUGCAAAGGGAGGGAAAAAAGGCAGGUAACUUAGAAAAAUGAUCAAGCUUACUUUUCUCUCUUUACUUAUCAAAAUAGAUAUUUUCUUUUAAAGUUAUCUAAUUUCUAGAAAUAAAGUUUCAUAUUUUAUUGUUCUGUAAAGAUACAGUUUAAGAAAAUAAGUGGUUAAGUUCCACAAUAAGAGCUGUGUGAUAUUUAUUUUCUCUCUUUUCCUUUAUUUUUCAAAAAAAAGUUUUUAACAGUUUUUCUCAAAUUUCUUCCACUAGGCCAAAAUCCAAUUAUAGAACUUCUGAACAUUUAAAGUGGACAUUUUUUAUAGAUAUAUACUGUAUAAUGCCUUUUCUUAGAUUAAUUUUUCUUAUUCCUAAAAUAAAAACAAGAAGAUGGCAUGUUAAGUGAGACCAAUGUGAGACAGUUUACCAUUCAUCGUGGCUGCUAUCCUGUUAGAUGAACAUGUUAUGAGAUACAAGUUGGCUCAUUAAAGUCAUUCAUUCAAAACUUGUCUCCAUAUAGAAGUUUGUCCCAACACUUGAGAGGUAGAGGCAGGUAGAUCUCUGUGAGUUUGAGGCCAGCCUGGUCUACAAAGUGAGUUCCAGGAUAGUCAAGGCUACACAGAUUAACUCUGUCUUGAAAAAAAAAGUUGUCCCCAUGUAGAAGUUUGUGCAUGGGGCUGAGAAGUCAACAUGGUCUUUCUGAGUCAGUGGUCCUCAACCUUUCUAACCUGAGACCCUUUAAUACAGUUCCUUAUGUUUUAUGACCCACAACCAACCAUAAAAUUAUUUUCCUUGCUACUUCAUAACUACUUUUGCUACUGUUGUGAAUUGUAUUGUAAAUACCCAAUAUGCAGUAUGUCUGACAUGCGGCCCCUGUGAAAGGGUCUCCCCUCCCAAUGCUGUUGUGACUUACAGGUUGAGAACCACUCUAACUGGUCAAAAAAAAAAAAAAGAUUUUUCUGAUUGAAAAUCUCCUUUUGGAUUUGUAAACAUAAUGACAGAAUAACAUUUUCCUCUUUCAGUUGUUUUGUUUUUGUUUUGUUUUGUUUUUAAUGGAGAGACUGUAUGUGGCAAGUCGGUGAAGAGCCUAAUUGGGACAUCAUUGUGAACUAUGUCAUAUAUGUAGCAUUGUGAUUUGCAAACAUAUGUUUCUCCUUCAAUAAAUGUCACAGCUUUCACAGCA